UUAUGGUUAUCAAAAUUAAGGAAAAACAUAUUUUUAGUUGAUAAAUUUAAUUGUGAAAAAAAGAGCUUUUAGGGAAGCCCAAUCUUCAAAGGGAUGACAGCCAAGGGGAAAAUUAAGUGUUGUUCGAGAAAUGAGAGAGCAUCCAAUAUUCUGUUCGUCACAAACAACAAUUGGUAUUUAUAACAUGAUCACAACUACAAGUACAUAUGUAUGUAUAAGCAUACUAUGUAUGUAUUCUAAUUUAGUGUGCAGACUAUGGCACGUGUCAGGCAGUUCAACUGUGGGUGAAAUCAGCAUAGAUUAAAAUUAAAAAUCAGAAAUACUUAUGAACAUAUGUAGUAUAUUUGAUUAAAAUAAACAUUUUUGCAAAGAAAAUACCAAUCGCAGAAAAUGGGAAAUUAAAAAAAAAAGACAAAAUUAAGACUGUAAACAUAACUAACGUGUUGCCGCCAUUCACAGGACACCCGACAUCAGCGCGGAUUCGGAAGAGAGCAGGACUCCCCAACAUGUGGAGCAUGAGUGUGUGUGUGUGUGUGUGGGGCCCGAGCGUAUAAAUAGCCGAGUGCCCCACAGGAUUCGCUUUUUCGCUCGGAUGCCACCAACUCAGCAGCAGGCGAGCGCGCUCCCGCCAGGCGCCUGAUAGAAAACCUAUUAUUUUGCGCAGCUAACGAGCCUUUUUGUUGCCACAUUGAGAUGCCACAGCAGUGCUAGGGGACGGGACGGAUACCAGCAAAGAUGGAGACCGCCACGGGCUACCAGGAUAUUAGCGCCCUGGAAAAAUCGGUGGCCAAUGCUGGCUCCCAGCUGUACACGAUGGCCCACAAGCUACACGCGGUGGAGCGCAGCCUGGAGCAGACCACGAUGGAGCAGAUGGACGAGAUGGAGGUGAUGGAACUGCUCGAGUCCAUGACCGAGGUGAAGAACGAGUACCAAAAUCUGCGCAAAGACAUCCAGGAGGUGCAGCAGCUGCAGCGUGACGUCAGCACCUCGAUACGCUUUCAGAUGCGCAGCAUGCAGCAGACGUUCCAGAUGCUCAAGAAGCGGAUUGCCACCUCCCAGGAGCAGAAGCAAAAGAAACAGCGCCAGCAGCCGCGCACCAACACCACCACCGAACUCCCCGCCAUCGGAGCGGCCAAUGAACAGUAGGCGGGGGACCCACUAGGACUGGGGCUAAGGGUUGGGGUUGUGGCCUGGGCCAUUUAUGAAUAUUCCAUGGGUUUUAUUGAUUGCCCAGCUGCUAGUUAGCUAACCCCAAACAAAACCUCAAACAAAGCCCCAACCCAAUCCCAAAGCAAAGCAAACUGCUGAAAGAAAUGUGUCAAAUCUGGUGGAGGGAGUGGGACACUACCGACCACCAAUCAAAUGCAAUCAACUGAGUGAUGGGGGCACUGGAUACUAGAUAUUGAUAUCAGAAGCAACACCAAGCAUUUAGACUCGGAACAGAAACAGAAACAGAUCCUCUACUUUAUAUACACGGAAAACACACACACACACACACCAACAGAGAACGUGUAUCCUAUAUCCCUGUUAGGACUUAGUGUAAGCGCAAAAGCACUACUUUAUGAUGCAAGGAAAACCAAAUGUCUGAUACCAUUUGAAUGAGAAUGCACUUUUUCAAAAUUUGCCUUAACAUAAUCGUAUUGUAUUGUACUAAUUUUUGAUACGACACGUUUUAAAGUACAUACAAAACAUAUAUAUGUACAUACUCGUAUAUUAAUUAGUCUUAGGCGUAUCAUUCUCAUUUCUAAUUAAUGAUACACAAUUGCAACCUAUUUUUGGCUAGUUUGUUCGUUUUUGGAAUAUUUGUUAAUAGAUUGUAUAAGCCAGAAAUUAGAAAAUUAAACACUUAGAAGGCUCACCAA